AUGGCAAAAAAGCUCAUGAUCACCAACUUCUCUGCUCUCUUGAUGAUUCUCUUGUUGGUUUCUAAUGGAUUACCAAAGGCGGAAUCUCAAUGCUAUCUAGGAGAAGCUGCGGUGUCUUCCUGCGCUGGCCUUACUACGCAAGAAUGUACCCAGAAAUGCUUUCAAUACUAUGGAGGCUCAGUAUCGUUUGGGACAUGUGAUGUUGAUAGCGGCACUGGCUCAGCAGCCUGUAAGUGCUUCGGAGGUUGUUAA